AUGGCAACUUCCAGGCCCUUCCUCCUGCUCGACCUCCUUGUGUACCUCAUCUUGGUCCAGCUACCCACCCCAUGCUCAGAUGGCAAAUUCUAUGAAAACGCCAUCGUGGAGCUGAAGGUUGCAGGAGGCUUCCAGGAAUGUAGGCUGCUUUAUCCUUCCACAGCACUGGGUUCUGAUCCUCACAUGGAAAUGAAGGGUUAUGAGGAUGGAGGGAUCCACGUGGACUGCACCUCCACUGGCUGGUACCCCCAGCCCCAAAUGCAGUGGAGAGAUGCCAAGGGACACAGCAUCCCAGCUGUGGCAGCGCCUGUGGUUGCCGACGAAGCAGGACUGUAUGCAGUGGCAGCAUCCGUGGUCCUGAGAGGUGGCUCUGGGGAGGGGCCAUCCUGUACCAUCAAAAAUUCCCUCAUCAGCCAGGAAAAGACAGCCAGGAUUUCCAUCGCAGGCCCCUUCUUCAGGAGCGCCCAGCCCUGGAUCACAGCCCUGGCAGCGACCCUGCUGGCCUUGUUGCUGCUUCUCGCAGGGGCCGGUUACUUCCUGUGGCGACAGCAGGAGGAGAAAAAGGCUCUGUCCCAGGAGAAAGAUCGAGAACAGGAAGAGAAAGAAAAGGCUCAGGCCGAAAAGGAGCAGGAACGAAACGCGAGAGAGAAGCUCCAGGAGGAACUCAAGUGGAGAAAAAUCCAGUACAUGACUCGUGGGGAGAAGUCUUCAGCCUAUGCUGGUGGGGAGAAGUCUUCAGCCUAUGCUGCUGAUGUGAGGCUGGAUCCAGACACCGCUCAUCCUGAGCUCUACCUGUCAGAGGACCAGAGAAGUGUGAGGCGGGGCCCUUCCCAGCAGAGGGUGCCUGACAACCCGGAGAGAUUCGACUGUCACCCUUGUGUCCUGGGCUUGGCAAGCUUCACUUCAGGGAAACAUUACUGGGAGGUGGAGGUUGAAAACGUGAUGAUGUGGACCGUGGGGGUUUGUAGAGAUGGUGUUGAGAGAAAAGGACAGGCCCUGCUGGUCCCUCAGAAUGGCUUCUGGACCCUGGAGAUGUUUGGAAACCAGUACCGGGCCCUGUCAUCCCCUGACAGGAUCCUCCCUCUGAAAGAGCGCCUUGGCCGGGUGGGCGUCUUCCUGGACUACGAAGCUGGAGAUGUCUCCUUCUACAACAUGAGGGACAGAUCACACAUCUACACGUGUCCCCGUUCAGUCUUUUCUGGGCCCCUGAGGCCCUUCUUCAGGCUGGGGUCUGAUGACAGCCCCCUCUUCAUCUGCCCCGCAUUCACAGGGGCCUAUGGGAUCACAGUACCCGAGGAGGACGGCCUCAUCCUUCACAGGGCAAAGACCCACAACCGCCCACAGGACCAAUGCCCUGGAGUCAGAGAAACAUAG